CCGUCUUUUUCUUCUAUUUUCUUGGUGGUUUCGUGCUUCAGAAAGGAAGUGUCUCUUCUUGUUUAGAAAAAAAAAAAAACCCCGAAGAACGAGGAAUCAAUCAAAAAGAGAAGAGAGGUGUCACGGUCAUAACGAAUGCACAUGUGCUUAGUUUUCUUGAGGCUUUUGUAUUCGCUCUUUGCUUCUCCCCUUUGAAUCUGCUUCUGCUUUUAGAAAAUUUCCUGAAUUCUCAUCUUCUAGCCCUGUGACAGACUACUACAAAGAAAAGACACCCAAGAGCAGAGAAGGAAGGACAAUACACCUAUGCGGUCUUGCUUUAGUUUCUUGCUACUAUGAGGCUGUCUUUGUGAAGAUUGGUUUUGUUUCUUCGGUGGGUUCUUUUUCUUGCAUCUUUUUUCCCUUUUUUGUUUUCCGUCUUGGGGGUGUUCUGAGUCUGGUUUAUUUGAGCCAUGGCUGGUAGCAAUGAAGUCAACCUCAAUGAAUCCAAGAGGGUUGUACCGUUGAAUACCUGGGUCCUCAUUUCUAAUUUCAAGCUAUCGUACAAUCUACAGCGCCGUCCAGAUGGAACCUUCAACAGAGACUUAUCGGAGUUCCUUGACCGUCGAGUACCUGCCAAUAUCAACCCAGUCGAUGGGGUCUUCUCCUUCGAUCAUGUCGACGGAGCCACCGGCCUUCUUAACCGGGUUUAUCAGCCAUCUCCUAAAAACGAGGCUCAAUGGGGCAUCGUCGACCUCGAGAAACCUUUGAGCACAACCGAGGUCGUUCCGGUCAUAGUCUUCUUCCACGGCGGGAGUUUCACUCAUUCCUCCGCUAACAGCGCCAUCUAUGACACCUUUUGUCGUCGCCUCGUCAGCAUUUGCAAAGCCGUCGUUGUGUCCGUGAACUAUCGUCGAUCGCCCGAACACCGAUACCCUUGUGCGUACGACGAUGGUUGGGCGGCUCUAAAGUGGGUUAAAUCAAGAACUUGGCUUCAAAGUGGAAAGUACUCCAAAGUGCACGUAUACUUGGCCGGCGAUAGUUCUGGUGGCAACAUAGCUCACCAUGUUGCGGCGAGAGCAGCAGAGGCUGACGUUGAGGUACUAGGCAACAUUCUGCUUCACCCAAUGUUCGGUGGGCAGAUGAGAACGGAAUCCGAAAAGAGAUUGGACGGCAAGUACUUCGUGACGCUCCACGACCGCGAUUGGUAUUGGCGAGCUUAUCUACCGGAAGGCGAAGAUCGAGAUCAUCCGGCUUGUAACCCGUUCGGGCCAAGAGGUGGAACCCUCGAAGGUCUCAAGUUCCCGAAAAGUCUGGUAGUCGUGGCGGGUUUGGAUCUGAUUCAAGAUUGGCAAUUGGCAUACGUUGAAGGACUUAAAAAAUCGGGUCAAGAGGUGAAACUCCUUUUCUUAGAGAAAGCCACCAUCGGCUUCUAUUUCUUGCCUAACAACGAUCACUUCUAUUGCCUCAUGGAGGAGAUGAACAACUUCGUUCAUUCUAACUGUUAAUACCACUCACCCUGCCUAGUUAUAUAACCUCCACUUAACCAUACGUAACAAAAGUUCCUUUCCCCCUUUAAAUUUUUUUUUUAUCAAUGGUGUGUAGUUAUAAGCUUGUUUUGUGUUCUUACUUGAUUACUACGUUUCGUUUUUUGCGGUGGCGGUGGCCGAUGAGCACCAACCAGAUACAAGGAAAAGGGCCUUACUCCAGUUAGCUUCCUGCCUCAAAUAACGGGAAGAGAGAAGUGUAGGGGGGGGGGGGGUUAUUGUGUUAAUUGUUAAAUUCUUAAAAGCACUAAUUUCAGAACAAGGAAUGGAAUUUCUUUUUUCUUUUUUAUAUAUGUGUAUGUGUUGUCUUGUAAUGAAGUUGUAUGUUGAUGUUAUACUUGUACUGUGUGUUCUAAAGGUAAUAUAUAAAAGAUUUUGUUCUGUUAA